GGGGCAUCGACCAAUGAGAAAUCAUCGGGCAUUUUGUUUUGCUCACAAAGGGGAAGAGCCUUUCCGUUCAGUUUGUGUUUACCCGGCGUCAACGAAAGUCUGUCAAUGCGAGAAAUCAUCGAUUUUUCACUUCAUUUGGUGAUUGAAUCCUUUGAUAAUGUCACAGGAGAAGAAGAAACUUAGGCAGAGACACGGGAAGCAGGAGAAUGAGCAGAAGAUCGAGGAGAAAACUGGGGAAAGUGACAGAGUAGAGCCGAAAUAUGGACCAAUACCCAGGUUUCCGUAUCAAAAAGUCUGGUCCCGUAGUAUCUUGAUCCUGGGUGUCAUGCUCAUCGUCUGGUACAACAGCACCCGCAGCAAAGAAGUGUCAUUUGCUCGUCAGAGAGACGUUUUACUCAGUCGAACACAGAAUGCCGACUGCUCGAUAGAUUAUAAGGCGGAUAUUGAUAAGUAUCCCGAGUGUGUGCCUGAAAAAUGUGGGAGGGUGAUCACCGAUAAGUUGGUCUCCACGAGUGAGACUGAUGUACUGCUGAAAAUUGCUGUCAAUGGGAUCAAUCUCGGAGGAUCCGCAGGCGGAGCUAGCAUUUUGGAUCUUCACAGUGGAGCUCUCAGUAAAGGAAACAGUUUUGUUAAUGUUUUUGCACUGGAGGGGGCCAACAAAAUAUUCAAUCCUCCGGAUUUUGCUAUUUAUAAGGUCGUGAAAACAAAAAUUCAUCAUGCAAUCGCUCAUCACUUUGGUGUUGAUGUUGGAAAGAUUUAUCUGACUAAACCCACAUUCUUCUCACGAAUGACCAAUGUGUCUGCUAAGACCAUUCACGAUGAGUACUGGCUGCCUCAUGUUGAUAGAGAAUCAUACGAACACUUCCAUUACACGUCCCUUCUUUACCUCAACGACUACGAGAGGGACUUCCAAGGUGGAAAAUUCAUCUUCAUCGACAAGAAUAAUGUUAACUCCACAGUGGAGCCACGAAAAGGACGAGUUCUAAUGUUCACCUCUGGCUCUGAGAAUCUCCACGCGGUGGAACGAGUAACUUCUGGUACAAGAUACGCACUGACAGUCUCAUUCACCUGCAACACCGAAGCAGCAAUAUCAGAUCCUACAUUUGGAAAGUCUGUCAAGCACCCCUGAGCACAUUUGUCCGCUCGACUCGAUCAGUAUUAUGAGCAGAAUAAGGUGCAGAUGAUCUAGAUAUAAUACUCAGUAUUGCCAUCCAUCCAGUCCAUUCUAAAUAAUAAAAAGAAACAGUCGUUUUGUUGAAUUGAUUUCGUAUGUUGUCGACCAAAUCCACGUCUCCAUUCAAAUUGUCCAAUGGAGCAUUUCACAGAAAUUCUGGUCUUGCGUAAGGAAAAUUUAUGUAAUUCCUUUUCAUCCAACUGUUUUAUAGGAAAAAAUUGAGAUUACUAAAAAUCUUCCUGAUGGAUUUGAUCCUAUUGAAAGAAGUAGAAUUCAUUAUCAUUGGUACUAUGUACUAUUUUAUUUUAUACUUCCACAAGCCCCUUCUCUCCAAAAUAAUAGUAACAAUCAAAGAAUGAAGAAAUUAUGAGAAAAAUCUCCUUGAGCCUCACCUUCCAUAAAAUAAAGACAUAUGGUUAUCCAAUGUCAGAAGGAUAAAAAAGAAAAUGAAGAUGAUUUCAUUCGGAAUGACUUUUAUUACUUUCAAUACAACCUUACGAUAUUAGAUUAGCCAUAGUAUAUUGAUAAUUUGAAGUCUUGUUUUUUCUUUUAAUUCCACUUACUGGGUAUACAAUGCAUAUUGAUUAUGUAUUUAUGCACAUUAAUUAACUCAGUUGAAGUACACAUCAUAUACAAUAAUAAAAGAUAAAAUGACAAUGUGGAAUGUAUAUGAAAAGUGGGUGAAAGAAUAAAAAGAAAAUAUCUGCCUAAA